AUGUAAGUUUAACUCAAAGAUUUUAAACAUAUCCUUACCAAAAGUAUCUAUGUAAUUAAAUCCUUAAUAAUAAUAUGUUUUAUACCUAAACAAUUUUUAACUGUGUUAUCUCCAUGCUACCAUCCUUCAUCUGGAUUAAUAAUGGAGAAUUCUUUUUAAGAAAAAAGUUACAAAAACAAUUCUUAAUUAAUACAUCCAUAUGAAUUACAUGAAUUGCACCCUAUUGAACAUUCAUUAAUUGAUAAUUGGAAUUAUGUUAUUCCCCAAUUGUAAUUUUGAGCUAACAUAGCCACAGUGACUGAAGAACUUAUGUGUUGAAUUGUAAUAGAAAUAGGGAAAAUCAGAUAUUCAUCACUCUUUUAGCAUGUAUUUUCAUAAUUAGAGUUUUAAUAAAUCUAUUAGUGUUCAAUUUUACUAUCUAUGUGAACAAUAAAUUUAAAAUUUUAAUAACUAUAUGAUCCAUUAAAAGCAGGCCAAAAUAGAGUGUAAUUAUAAGAUUAACUUUCUUAGGAUCGCCUCAUAAAUUUAAAAUCUAAUGUCAAUUAGUAGUGAGGUUAGAGCUCGAACGUAUUGUAAAGCAAAUAUUGAUAUGAUUGAGAUUAUUGUACGAAUAUAGCUUUAUAAGAACCACAAUCUUCUUUUAUAAAUGUCUUCUAACUAUUUUAUUAAUUCAUAUAGGCUUUCCAGGCUUAAAUUAUAGAAUUUUUAUUUUUACUCUCUUAAUACUCGCUAAAAAGAUCCUUGUAAACUAUCUUUUAUUCUGUAGAAAUUUUAAUAAGACUAUAGAUUAUGA